AGGAUUGACUCUGAACUUCACAUAACGUGUAUCUAGUCUUUUGGUGUCAAAGUGGUUUAUCGGACGAAGUCGCAGGCUGGCACGGGCGUGUGUGGGGUCCUGUUGUGCAGGCUGCGCUCCUCUGAUCUCGUGGGGCUUUAGGUGAUUUUGGUGAGCUGGGUGUGAUUGUGCCAUCUAAGACUGAGAUCUAAAACGCUCCGUCUAAAAGAUGCUCCACAUCGGUCUGUACUGGAUGAGCACAGCGAGUCCAGGAUCUGCAUUACUGGCCAAAUCAUCCGCCCCCCCUACUUCUUCAGUCCGGACUGUAAAUCACACAGGGGGAUUAGCCAAAGGGACCCACGUUCAAAGCGUGUGUGAGCGCGCGUGUGUGUGUGUGUGUGUGUGUGUGUGUGUGUGUGUGUGUGUGUGUGUGUGUGUGCCGGCGAGCGCGCACGUGUUUACAUCAAUGCGCCACGCUUCAGUGCGCUCUCUGAAGGGGAUAAGUGGGAGUGGGAGAGAGGAGAGGGACGACAGCGCGGAGGAAGAUUCAGUCGGAUAAGUGACCGGGAAUCGAGAGGGCAUCGUCGCAGAGCUCCAACCGCACCUGCUGCAACUUGCUGCCACGAGCAUCCUCGUCGAUGUCCGGCGGUUUAACGAUGGAUCACGCUUUCCUGCCUCGGUCCAUCUGGACCGGUGACAGUAAAUUCCUCCAGCAUCCGGCCGAUCUCUACACCAGUGUGGUCGUUACGCGCAGCAUCCCCGCGGGCACGUGCUUCGGUCCGUGUCUGCUCCAAAACACUUUCUACGACACGAUCGCCUUCAUAGCGCAGAAGUCCUGCGACAAGGCGGCGAAAUCCUACGUGUUCAGGGUGGACCCCGAGGCCAUGCGUAACUCCGCGCUGGUGCUGUCCUGGCUGCGGCUCGUGCAGGCUGCGCGCAACGGAGAGGAGCAGAACACAGAGGCCUUCCUGAAAGCGGGCCAGCUGUAUGUGCGGACCAUCCGAGACAUCCGGCAGGAGGAAGAGCUGCUGGUGUGGUACGACCAGGAGCUGUCUCACCUGCUGGGCUUCACGGACAUGAGGAGAGGGAGAAGCGAAGAGUUGAGAUGUGGAAGAUGUAACCAGAUCUUCAAGAACGAGUACCCCUUCCUGGCCCACUGCCGAUUCCUGUGCACCCAGGUGAAAAGUGACACCUGGGGCCGCGAGGUGUGCGAGCACAAGCACGUGGAAAUCAAGAGGCAGCAUCGAGUGACGGACUUCCACAACAUCGCCAGAGAUCUGGAACACAAGAAACCUGGCAGCAACGAGGACGCGGAGAUUUACCCGAAGAGAAGGAAAUGCGAGGAAAGUCUUUAUCCCAGAGGGCGGAAAACGGUUCUGCUGGAAAAAACCAACAUUUCCAACGACGACAACAUCACGCAGCUGAGUAGAGGCCACGACCAGGCGGCGGGAGACGCGUCUCCCUCCGCGGGGAAACUGAAAGCUGAUAAGGUAAAGCCGGAUCAUUUGGGAUGUAAGGGUGAUUUCGCUGAAGCCAAGGGGACUUUUACGCACGCCAGUGAGAUGGACGCGCGGUCGGAGGCGGGUGAGAGCUCUGGCGUGCGCUCGGGCGGCAGCAGCAGCGCGUUUUCUUUGGUCCUAUCCGGCAGCCAGGGCGAGCAGAAGAGCGCUUUCUGCAGGCCGAGUAAAAGAACUUCUCCCAUCGACCCCCAGGCGCAUCUCAGCAGCGCUCCGACAGCCCCCUCUAGCCGCCUAGAGGAGAUGACCGACGCCUUUAGCUCCAGGACUAUUAUGGGAUACAACAACCUGAUGGCGUCCAACGUCCUGAGCGGCGACCUGCCGGCCGUGCCCUCCCCGGUCGCGCUGAACAACGCGUUCCACUACGCGCCGGAGCACUGGUCCAGGAGCAUCGGCGUGCAGCUGCAGAGCGCGUCCUCCCUCACCAUCCUGCCGCCGACGUUCACCUCCUUCGGCGUGUCGGUGCAGAACUGGUGCGCCAAGUGCAACCUGUCCUUCCGCAUGACCUCCGACCUGGUCUUCCACAUGCGCUCUCACCACAAGAAGGAGUUCGCGGCGGAGUCCCAGGUGAGGAGGAGGCGGGAGGAGAAGCUCACCUGCCCGAUCUGCCACGAGUACUUCCGAGAGCGGCACCACCUGUCCAGACACAUGACCUCUCACAACUGAGACGGGAGGGGACAAAGGAACAAACUCUAUUUAUUUCCCGACACCGACGCGCGUAUUUAACAGGUCCAGCCUCCAGAUCCACGGUGAAUGUAGGUAGCUGUAAAGAAAAAACGAAAAGAAAAAAAAAAAAAAAAAAGGCAAACCGGACACAUGAGGCCACCGCUGCCCGUCCACUAGAUGACGAUAGAGGCGCGUGUGAGCUGAUCCCAGUGCAGUUUGUCGUCUUAUGUUCUGUCGAUGAUUUGGUUUGUGCCUUACGGAGCUCAAGGAGGGGUGAAAAAAGAAAAAAGAAGAAGAAAAAAAAAAAGACUUGGAGAGAUCUCGAGGACAGCUCAUGAUUGUCACACAUGUCUCGACGGCUUUUGUUUGUUUGUUUUAAUUUAUCAGCUUGUUCUCUUGCUCUGAUUUGUACGAGAGACGUGGAUCGAGUGUGUUUGCACAUUCGUUUUGAAAUCUUUAAAAAAAAACAAAACAACAACUGAUGAGAAUGAAA